UAGAGUACCAGAAUCCUCCAUUCUCCUUAUAAAGCCCCCAACACAACGCAGUUUCAGACCAUCAGAGACAAUUCUUCAAAGUUUAAGCAUCAGAUUCAGCAAUUAAUACAAUCGCACUCUUAGAAACAAUAUGUCCCUAAUUCCAAGCUUCUUCGGUAACCAACGCAGCAGUGUUUUCGAUCCCUUUUACUGGGAUGUUUGGGAUCCAUUCAAGGACUUUUCUAAACUCUCCAUUGGUUUUCCUCAAGAAACCUCUGCUUUUGUCAACACCCGGAUAGACUGGAAGGAAACCUCGGAGGCUCACGUGUUCAAGGCUGAUCUUCCAGGGCUCAAGAAAGAGGAAGUGAUGGUGGAGAUUGAAGAUAACAAUGUGCUGCAAAUUAGCGGAGAGAGGAAUGUCGAGAAGGAAGACAAGAACGACACCUGGCAUCGUGUGGAACGUAGUAGUGGCAAAUUCUCCAGGAGGUUUAAGCUACCGGAGAAUGUCAAAUUGGAGCAGAUUAAGGCUUCUAUGGAGAACGGAGUUUUGACUGUGACUGUUCCUAAAAUUGAGGUUAAGAAGCCUGAGGAUAAGGCCAUUGAAAUCUCUGGUUGAAACACUGAAUAAUGUUGUGUUUGAGAAGAAUGCAAUGGAUUGUGUCUUGUCUACAUAAUAAAUUGUGUGCCAGUAAUGAAUUUCGCUUAUAAAUAAUAAUGUAAUAUCGUUGUUUUGACUUAA